AUGUCGGAUCUGAUUUCCUUUGCCCACGACUUGAACAACCUGGUGAAGGCCAUCUUGAAAUCCGAGUGUUCGACUGUAGCUAGGGACGCCUCGGACGCCAGGAACACCAUUAACACCUUUUCAUCGAAGUGGCUACAAGAGGCGGAGCUGUGCAUGCGAGAAACCUAUGGCUACGAUCUGUGUCUUCAGCAGUUGGGUAAGACCCGCUGGAACAGCACGCACGUGUGCUUCGCGUCAUUACUUCGAGUUUACAGUGCACUGGAGAUGCUGGAGCUGAAAUUUAGAGACAAGGACGACUUCCCAAACAAACUUCGCGUGUUCGGCCGAGCUACGUUUUGGAACACGUUAGCCGAUGCCGUCCGUCCGCUAUCAUAUGCAUCUUUCAAGUUGGAGAAAGAUGAAAACACGAUGGCAGACGUUGUCGUCUGCUAUCUCGACAUUUUUACGGGCUUUUCAAGGAGCCAAUACACGAGUUCAAAUCUCAAUCGUGAAGUGGAGAAGCGCUGGCUGCAGUGCGAGCAGCCACUGAUGCUGCUGGCGUUGUUUUUGCAUCCUGCUCACAAGGAGCCUGGGAAGCAACUCGUGGAUAAAAGGCCUCUAACUUCAGUUGGUUCGCUUUGCCGGAUUGGGGUUUACUACUUUAGACGCUUCAACCUCAGUGAUGACACUACGCGGCUUUUUGAAAACCUACAUUGGUACUGGCUCUGUACGCGUACGGAAAUGCGGGGUAGCAAGUUACCGACCUUAGCUGUUGCAAUACUGUCAAUUGUGGUCAAUACUGCCACCUGCGAGCGCUACUUCAGCGAGCUGGCACUCAUCCACACUGCUAAACGAAACCGAAUGGAUCCAGAGAAGGCCAGAAAGCUGGCCCUAGUUCGAAAGCGAGUCCGAGAAAAUGGCUGUGCUGAUUCUGGUGGUGUUUCAAAGAGAAGACGGUUAACUGAUCCGACUGAACGUAAACGGCUUCGGGAUCGUGAUGACCGCUUCACGUGCUGCAAUGGUGAAAGCGAUAUGGCCUUCGAAAGUGUUGUGGGCUCUGGUUGUGCGUUGCAGUUCUGGGCUGACGUUCUUUGUGAGCUAGAGAGCGACGACGACCCUCCGGUUGUGCUUGCCGUAAACAAUGCAGACACUGCCACUGCAACAACCGAGGCGGAAAGGUUCAAUAUAAAAGUGAUGGAGAUUUGA